UUCUGACGUAAAACCGUUAUCUGUAAUCUGGGAUUCAAAAAAUUGAAUCCCACGAAAAAGAAAUUUUCUGACGAAAAAAGUAUUUCAAAUCAUUGCAACGGAAAAUCCCGAUCAUUAUCUCAUUCGAGAAAUAAUUUUUUUUUCAUAUUUAAGAUAGCACAAAUCAUAAAAAUGCUCAUUCAAAUAUUUUACUCAACUUUGUGUACUCAGAUCAGUCAAAAUGGUGCAUCAGUGUAUUUUCGUGCUAAUUUUUACGUAUUUCGCGUUGAUAGCAAAUAUUCGCGGAUUAGAUUCAGAAAUUAGUGACUCGACACAAGCUUCAUAUGAUAAUUUAGAUGCUGAUUUGACACCGAUACAAAUUAUCAAAAAAUAUGGAUACCCCAGCGAAGCACAUGCAGUCAAGUCAAAAGACGGAUACAUCUUGGAAUUGCAUAGGAUUCCUUACGGAAAAGCAGGACCUGGAGAUAAGAAAAGGAUUCCCAUUUUUUUACACCAUGGGUUGCUUUCCUCUUCGAUUGAUUGGAUAAUAAAUGGACCCAAUAAAUCAUUAGGAUACAGAUUGGCAGACGAAGGUUACGAUGUAUGGAUGGCAAAUGCUCGUGGGAAUACAUUUUCAAGACAACAUGUCAAAUAUAGUCCAAAGCAAAAAGAGUUUUGGAAUUACAGUUUCCACGAAAUGGCUUUCUACGAUUUACCAGCAGCUAUCGAUCACAUUUUGGAGACCACUGAAGAAAAGCAAUUAAUCUACAUUGGAUUUUCAAUGGGAACAACUGUAUUUUACGCGAUGGCGUCCACUUUACCCGAAUAUCAGAAAAAAAUCAAAUUUCAAAUCAGUUUGGCUCCUGUUAGUGCUAUUCCACACACAAACUCUGCAGCUAGAUUGCUAAUUUCAUACGUGGACCAGAUCAAUAAAGCAGCAGAUUGGUACAGCAAUGGAGCUUUUUUGGAGCACGAUUUGAUAGCCAAAACUUUGGGACCUUUUUUCUGCGGUGCCAGUAAUACAUCAAAUAACGAUAACUUUUGCAAGAAAUACAUUUUCUUUGGCAUUUUUGGAAAGAAUCCGGAACAGUUUGACGAUAAUUUACUUCCAGUGAUUUCAAAUAAUUUUCCUGCAGGGACAUCGUGUAAAAAUAUGAUCCACUUUUCUCAAUUGAUCAGUAGUGGAACGUUUGCCCAAUUCAAUUACGAAAGGGCUGAAAAUAUGAAGAGAUACGGUUCCUACAUUCCUCCCAAAUACAAAAUCAACAAAAUCAGAGUGCCAAUGAGAUUUUACUACAGCGAUAAUGAUCUGCUUUCAACUCCAUUAGAUACGAAACUAUUAUACCAAAACAUAGCCAAACCUUUGGGCUUGAAAAGAGUCAAUUUGGAUAAAUUCAGCCAUAUUGAUUUCUUAUGGGCAAAGGAUAUCAAUCGACUUUUAAACGACGAAAUAAUAGAAUUCAUCAAUAAUUCGACGAAUCACAAUAGCAAAGGCAGUUCUAAUUUCAUUCAGAAUACCAUCACUGAAGCUCUAGAUACGAGAAAAAAUACACCUGUUCCGGUCAACGUGCCUUUCGACGAAAAAUCAUUUUUGGUUAAUGUUGGCAAAGACUUCUUAGGCAAUGUUUAUGACAACAUUGAUAACGCGGUGGGAAACGCUAUAUCUGAUAGUAUUAAGAAGAUUCAAGCUGGCGGAGAGAAAAUCCGAACAUAUUUUGAAGAUUUACUGAAAGGAUGAACAAGAUAAAAAUAAUUUAUGUAACUUAUUUUCUUUAUUCAUAAUUUAAAAUGUUUGUUCCUUUUUUUACUUUUGUACGACUGAACCCCUAACGCACAUAAAAUAUGUAAUUAAAAUCAACUCUUUGAUCUCA